AGCUGAUUAUUUAUAUGUUUCCAACACUCACUCUUCACCGCUAUCUCAAAGCUACAAAUUCUGCGCAAAAAAAAAAAAAAAAAAAAAAAAGCUACCAUUUUCUCUACGACCCGACCGGCCGACCCGCAUGGAGCUCAACGGCCCGACCCGGUUUCGACCGCGUAAAUCCACAUCCAGCGAACGCUUUAUCGGCGCGUUUACCCACGCGCCUCACGAAAACCCUAGCUUCUCCACGACGAACACCGCGACCACAUCUAACGCCGCCGUGGAGCUCAACGAAGACGAUGUGUUCUGGACCGGAAGCUAUUCCGAACCGGACGAAAACCAGAACCACAACCAACACCACUCGACCUCUCCUUCCACACCUCGCCACCACCACCACAACCACCACAACAGCAACAACCACCAGCUCAACUACCAGAAGAGCUUCGCUCAGCCGGAGACCAACGGUUUCGGCAUCCUCGCCGCGCUUCCCGAGAACGAAACGUCUUCGCCGAGCCUCCGAAACGUUUCGCACUUUUACCACAAGGCUUCCGUGUCGUCUUCUUCCUUUUCGUCCUCCUCUUCCGCGCGCAUGAUUCCGGCGAUUCCUAAACCGCCGGUCGACCGAAUGCCGCUGCCUUCUUCGGUCAAGUACCAGUCGGCGCCGGUGAACGUGCCGGUCAUGUCUCAGGCGACGCGGAGUCCGCACGAAUUCGACGACGUGAACGACGACGAUGACGGCGUGGACGGCGAGAUGUUGCCGCCGCACGAGAUUGUGGCGAGAGCUCAGUCGCCGAUGCUGGCCUGUUCGGUGCUCGAAGGCGCCGGGAGGACCCUCAAAGGAAGGGAUCUCCGGCGGGUUCGCAAUGCAGUGUGGCGCCGAACAGGUGGGUGAUUUGAAGGGGAUGGAACCGGAGAAAAUUUUAACGGUGAGACAGAACAAGGAUGGCUCGAGUCGAGGAUCUAGCUUCUUGCCAAGGAAAGAAAAACCUUUAGUGCAACUAUGGCCAAUUGGUGGAGUUGAUCAAAGGUGCUUUGAUUAGGUUUUUAGAGUAGCAGAGUAACAGUAGCUAGAUAUGACAUAACUUAGUCAGUGGAAUGGGGGAGCUUUCUGGAUUUGGCGGGAAUAAUCUCCCAAAAGUAGGCUUUUGGGUUUGUUAGGCGACUUCUUUGGUUGGCUGGGCGACAUGUGCUAGGAUGGCUUUCUUAAAGCUCUAAGCAUGGGGGGGACAAUUUCAAUAGCACUAAACACGAUUGAAAGUUGGUGAGGCUCACUAAAAGCUAACAUGAGGAGUCAGUGGCAUUCAGAGCGCUCUCCUUUUGAGUGAAUCCGUACUGAUUGACGGUGGACAAUGUCUAGUGGUAGUACACUCGUUGAGGUGAUCUGGGAGGUCUCAUGGAGUGUGGGCUGGAAUCCACUUUGGGUUAGUGUGUUGACUUAACCAUCAGAGAGCACCUAUAGUCAACUCAACCCCACCAGUUGGCCUUGGUUGUGCUGAAGGCUUUUCUUUCCUUAGUAGAAAGCUAGAUUCUCAGCUUGAGCCAUCCUUGUUUGGUAUCACCAGACAACUUUGCUGUGGUUCCAUCCCCUUCAAAUCAUACCUACAUCUCAGUUCCAUUGGAAAUUUGAAUGUUCAAAGUUUAGCAGUAAGAAUUUGGCCUUAUUCAAACUUUAGUAGUAAGAAUAUGGCCUUGUUGAUGAGCUACAGUUACAAUUCAUUUUUUUCUUUCUACGCUACUCCUUUUAUUGUAGCAUGUAAAGAUUUAGGUUUAACAUAUAUCGACCUAUAAUAUAUUAGUAUUUAUCUUCUUAGAUGUAGAUGAAGAUGUCAAUUACUUGCGUGUAAUCUCCUAACUUAAAAAACAAGUAUGUAAUGUUACACAGACCUUAUAUUUGUUAUGCCUUUUGUUUUAAUCUUUUCCCCUAAUCUUUUAUUUUUGUAAGGGGUUAUCAUGUAAUUUCUAGUCUCAAAAGUAUGAAAUACAGAAGUUUAUCAAUGGCCAACUCAAGUGCAGGACUCAUUAUAGUCACAUAUGCUUGCGGUUUACUUUGCUUCAAUUUGAACUGAAGUUGGAUUUUAGUUUGUUCAUUAUACCUAAUUGUGCAAAUGCUUGAGAGAUAACAAUGUACACUUCAACUGAUGUGUUGUGUAUCCUUAAUUACUUCAGUUGUGUUUUGCCAACUUUAAAGCAGAUAUGCAGUUCUGGUAAUGCAUGACCAAUCUUCCAUGUGUUCAUUUCAUGUUUAUGGUUUUUACUGAAUACAUAUAACUCAGGUUAGCUUGACAGGAAUUGAACUAGUUAUACAAACUCCACUGAGAGUUUCAGGCAUUCAGUGAAGAACAGUAAUUUUUGGGGUAAGGGACUGCUUAGAAGAAUAACCGAAAGAACGUACUGGGAUGGGGGGUUUAGUUAUUUAUCCAUUUUCGCAUGUCACUGUUGUUUGGGAGAUGGUUCACCAAAGGAUCUUUUUGUUUCUUAAUAUUCCACCCAAUGAUUCUGCACUGCAGUUCCGUUUGCAACAGGGGUCUUCUUGAAGAGUUCUUGGUGUCUGGUAGGCUGACAAUUUUUGUAAAUUGUCUGGUGGCCCAUGGCUGCUGCUGGCACCCCCCCCCCCAAAAAAAAGUUUGCAGUUGAUGUCUUCUCGCAGUUGAGUCAAUGGGAGAAGGAAGGGUGGGGGAUUUGGGCUGCAUUUUUGCUCAUAUAGCUUUCAAGAUGUUAUGGACUUCAAUCUUGUAUUUGGCUGUAUCGUGUGGUUGCAUUCUGGAUUUGCGUGUCAACCUCAUAUAGAGUUGAGAUUGCAUUUUAGUUACUAAUCACAGACUGGGAUUGGUGAAUUAGAAUUUGUGGACUAAUCGGUAGUCUUUUUGUGGAGCCUGGACCUUCAUUUGUGACUGGGAUGAUUUCUUUUAAAAGUAAAAUGAAUGUGAUGGUGGCUGUGUUCUCCUU